AUGGGGCUGGAUGAUUCAGCGACCACUGAGGAAGUCGUAGCGGCCGUGGCUGAGCUCGGGAACUGCGCUGCUGAGGCCGUCAAAUCCGGCGUGAUAUCGCGCAGCCAGAAUGGCUCUGGGACGCUCUGGCUGAGCUGUCCAGUGGCUGCCGCCAAAAAGGUCGUAGAGGCAGGCCGACUCAAAGUAGGCUGGAUCUCGGCGCGAGUCGUCCUGUUAGACACCAAACCUCUUAGGUGUUACCGCUGUCUGGAGACAGGCCACGUUGGAGCCAAGUGCGAAAGGGCAUCGACCGGAGUAACAUCUGUUAUCGCUGUGGGGAACCCGGUCACAAGUCACGCGAGUGCAAUGCUCAACCGAGUUGUGCCGUUUGCAAGGCAGCUGGGAAACCGGCUGAUCAUCCGAUUGGUGGCAAAGGGUGCCAGAAUAACAAGGUUCGCCCGAACAAACAAGCCGUGA